AUUUAGACACAACGAAAGGAUCAUGGCGGAUGGCCCCAGGUGUAAGCGCAGAAAGCAGGCGAACCCGAGGAGGAACAACGUGACUAACUACAAUAAUGUAUUGGAGGCCGGCUCAGACUCAGAUGACGAGGACAAGCUGCACAUUGUGGAGGAGGAAGGCAGCCUGGCGGAUGGGGCCGACUGCGACAGCACCCUGCCAGACGACGAGCACCCCAGGGAGCACUGCUGGGACCGAGUGAAGGAGGAUUGUGUGUCUGAUGGUGAGGAUGAUGUGAGCACAGAUGUCCUGGUGGAGGAGAUGCUCCAGCAAGGAGACACAGCCGUCAUCUACCCAGAGGCCCCAGAGGAUGAGCCACAAAGACAGGGCACACCUGAUGCCAGCGUCCAUGACGAGAACGGAACUCCUGAUUCGUUCUCUCAGCUUCUCACCUGCCCGUACUGCGCUCGUGGCUACAAGCGUUACAGCUCCCUGAAGGAGCACAUCAAGUAUCGGCACGAGAAGACCGAAGAGAGCUUCAGCUGCCCCGAGUGCAGCUACAGCUUUGCAUACCGUGCUCAACUGGAGAGGCAUAUGACAGUUCACAAGGGCGGACGUGAUCAGAGACACAUCACACAGUCGGGUGGCAAUCGUAAAUUCAAGUGCACUGAAUGUGGCAAAGCAUUUAAAUACAAGCACCAUCUGAAGGAGCACCUGCGCAUCCACAGCGGAGAGAAACCAUAUGAGUGCUCCAACUGCAAGAAGCGGUUCUCCCACUCAGGUUCAUACAGCUCCCACAUCAGCAGUAAGAAGUGCAUCAGCGUCAUCUCAGUUAACGGCAGACCACGGCUGGGGAACACCAAAACCCAGACCCAGGGUCCAUCACCAGUGAUGCCCACACCACCCUCAGUCCUCCGCACCCAGAUAAGGGAGAAGCUGGAGCACAGCAAGCCCCUGCAGGAGCAGCUGCCCCUUAACCAGAUAAAAACUGAGCCUGUGGACUACGAGUACAAGCCAACUGUGAUAACGUCCCCAGCUGUGACUGCCAUGAAUGGUGGGGUUUUCAACGGAGGUGCUGCGGCUCCUCUGCAGGGCACAGUGCAGGCUGUAGUCCUGCCCACUGUUGGGCUGGUGUCACCCAUCAGCAUCAACCUGGCAGACCUGCAAAAUGCUCUCAAAGUAGCAGUGGAUGGUAACGUCAUUCGUCAGGUGCUGGAAAAUAAUGCCAAAGGCCAGGGGCAGGUGAACUCUGGGUUAAACACUGGAAUGCUCCACCCCCCACAGCAGCAACUCAUCUCAGCCAUCAGUCUGCCUAUUGUGGGUCAAGAUGGAAAUGCAAAAAUCAUUAUAAACUACAGUUUGGACCAGGGCCAGCUCACAGCCCAAAACCUGAAGAAAGAGCCUGAGCCAGUCUCACCAGCUCAGACCACCACUGACAACUUCAAGUCCCAGAAACUCCCAGAAGAUCUUACCAUCAGAGGCACCAGGUCCAAUGAGACUAAAGAAAAAGAGGAAAAGACCACUAAAACAUGUCUCCUGUGUGAUAACUGUCCCGGUGGGCUGGAAUCACUCCAUGCCCUCAAGCACUGCAAGAAGGAUGGUCUCAGGCUGAACGGAACAGGCCUGGAUAAGUCUGAGUCUGCUGUUGCUGCCCUACUGUCAGAGGGAGGACUCUGCAACCAGCCCAAGAACCUUUUGUCCCUGCUCAAGGCCUACUUUGCCUUAAAUGCAGAGCCCACCAAGGAAGAGCUGGCAAAGAUCUCCGACUCAGUGAGCCUGCCAAUACACGUGGUUAAGAAGUGGUUUGACAAAAUGCAGGAGGGUCAGAUAUCACUGGGUGCCCCAACACCUCCCUCAGAGGAAGAGGACACCUGUGAAGUUAACAGUGUGGUGUCUCUGGUCCCAGGGAAGGACACAUCCACUGUGAUCCCUUCUACGACCCAGGACAGCCCUACAGAAGCCACCCCAGCAGAGAUCAAUGGUGCUCACAGCUCGCCGACCUCCCCCUCACCAUUAAACCUGACAGCUGGCGGUCCGGUACCAGCCCAGCCCCCCCAGAGCACCGAGGGACCCCUAGACCUGUCGCUGCCAAAGCCCUCCAGAGAGGAAGCAGAGAAAGUUGUGGCUAAAGCCAGUGUUUACCCCUCCCCAUCCUCUUGCUCUACCAAUGAGGAUGAACCCCUAAACUUAACUUGCACAAAGAAAGAGGCAUCGCCACUCUCAGCCAUGGGCACCAGCCCCAUCGCACUGUACACCAGCCAGCCAAGUGCCAAACCCCUCGACAUUGUGACCACAAUGCAAUGCCUAAGGGCUCUAGCCACCAACAACAAACAGACUAUCCUGAUUCCCCAGCUGGCUUACACCUAUACCACUACAGCAAGCAGCCCUGCGGGGACCGAGAUGCACGAAACCAUCCACCUCAACGGAGUGAAGGAGGAGAAACAGGACACAGGCUCAGAGGGCGUGUCUACUGUGGAGGAGCAGAAUGACUCAGACUCAGGCCCUCCGAGGAAGAAGAUGAAGAAGACGGACAGCGGCAUGUACGCCUGCGACCUGUGCGACAAGAUCUUCCAGAAGAGCAGCUCGCUGCUGAGACACAAAUACGAACACACUGGGAAGCGACCUCACGAGUGUGGCAUCUGCAGCAAGGCCUUCAAACACAAACACCACUUAAUUGAACACAUGCGGCUCCACUCGGGGGAGAAGCCAUACCAGUGUGACAAGUGCGGCAAGCGUUUCUCCCACUCUGGUUCCUACUCCCAGCACAUGAACCACCGCUACUCCUACUGCAAGAAGGAGACACAGAACCAAGGAGGAGGCCGGGAAAGCCCAGAGGAGGAUGGCGAGGCCCAGGCUGAGACAGAGGCUCUGAGCAAGGCGGAAAGGCAGCACCUGGCCCCCUCCCGGCUGAAUUUGGAUGAGCGAGGAAGCAGCGCAAGAGAGGACGAGGAGAGCGAGGAAGAGGAGGAGGAGGAGGAGGAGGAGGAAGGUGUGUUGGACAUGGACGACAUCCAGGUGGUGCAGAUAGGGGACGAAGGAGGGGAUGAAGAGGAAGAGGAAGAGCAAGGGGUAAGGAAUGAGGAGGAGAUGGAGAGAGUAAUGGUGGAAGGGGGAGGAGAAGAGGAGAAAACAGAGAUAGAAAUAAAACGGGAGGAAGAGGAGACUGACACAAGGCAGGACGAGGUGCUCAGGAGCAUUCAGGAAGAGGGGGAAGUCAAGAUGGAGGAAGAGGGGGCGAUGGAUACAGAGGGAGGGGUGACGCAAGAGGGGAAAGCAGAGGGGGAGGUCAUAGGGGAGAGUGGAUGCGAAACAAACAGGAACACGGCUUCCGAGGACGAGACCCAGACGCCGUAGGAGAAAGGAGAUACUGACUAAAAGAGGAACCAGACUCCUCCAUGAGACACAAUCAGAUUCCUCCUCUCAGGUGCAGAGGAAGAAUGCAGGAGAUGAUGUCUGGUCACUCUGACAGUUCGCUUCAGUUCACUACUGUGUAGAAAUCCAGGUGUGCCUGAAAAAAUACUAGUGACUUUUCCACAGGAGAUCAAUUUCUCACUGUUAGAAAAAUCCAUUUGUAAAGAAAAGAUGAAGACGAACAUGAAUUUUAACAAAGGAAAUGCAUUAUACAGACUUUGGAAGCUAGAGCCGACAUGUUUUAGAUAAUGUUUUAUUACUAAAACACCUUGGGUCAUUUCUUUUUAUCAGUGUUACUAAUUUUAUCAUUCAUAUUUUAACCUUUAAAAGCUGUACAGUUGGGAGAUAUUUCUAUACCUUUUUAUUGCCAAUGAACAAAAAAGUCAGUAUUUUAUUAAGUUGGAAGGAAAAGAAGAAAAAUCCUGUGCACUACAAGUGGCUUGGUUUACCUAUGGAUUAAGCAGUUGAGUUGUGUUGUCUACCCUUCAGUAUUACCGCACUAGAUAUACCACGCCAUCACGCUAGCAGAUGUUAGCAUUACCUUUUUUUUUUUUUUUUUUUUUUUUUUAUGGUGUUCUUUUGAUUGGUUUCUGAGCCUUAAGAGAAAAAAAACAAUUGAGGGCAGAUGGGUCUUUUUAGCUGUUAAGUUCCUUUUAGACUUUGAGACACAUUGUUGUCAAAGUAUCUUUUACAAAUCAGUAUUUUACAGGACUGGUUUGACAUCUUUGGAAAUACGCUUAUUUGCUUUCCUUGUGAGAGUUGUAUGAGAAGCCUGACACUAAUCUCUGCCUUUAUGGUGAAUAUAUGGCUAUAGCCAGCAGUUGCCUAGCUUAGCUUAGAAUGUGGGGAACCAUGUUAUUUCCUGCCUAGCUACUGCUCCACACUCCAGUCCAGUACGUGGCAGUGAUUCACUUGUAAGCUGGUCUGCCAAAUGCCAAUAAAAAACAAAAACAAGGAAGAAGAAGCUAGCUAGUUAUAGCUUGUGUGUUUAAGUCAUACGAAUGGGGGGUUACGUGCCAGACUAUUUUUGACUUCUGGACAGAGCCAGGCCAGCUGUUUUCCCCCUGAGUGUAGUAUUUAUGCUAAAGUAAGCUAACCAUCUCCUGGCUGAAGCUUUGUAUUUACUGUGCAAAUAUGAGGUGUGGUAUCUGUCUUCCUCUUCUAAGUCUUGGCACGAAAGCAAAUAAGCCUACUUCCCAAAAUGUCAGACUAUUCAUUUAAAAAUGUAAAUGUUCAGAGUGAGCCUUAUGCAAAAAAUGAAACUGAAACAAAAGAAAACAUAUAUAUCAAAAGUGCCACAGAAUAUUGCUGUUGAAGUUUAGCAGCUAUGAUCAGGUAUUGCCGGGUCCCAGAUCAACCAAUAUACCGGAAUACUGUUGACCCUAGCUCGCCACCACACCUGAGAGAGUAGAUUUUAGCCUAUCUACGACAUAUCCAUGUAUCAUAGACUUAAGAUGACUUGCUUUUGUUUCUACUCUGAGGGACUAAUAGAAUUACAGUGCACACGUUUUCAAAUGGAUGAUGAUGAAAUAUGAUUUCUAAUUUUUUACCUACGUCCUGUCUUUUUCAAAGCUUAUUCACUGCACUUGUUUAACAAACCAUGAAACGCUCAGACGUCUCUUCAGGUAACAAGAUGUAGGCAAAUAUGAAUCCCAGGAGUUUAAUUCAACAAAGUUUUUACCUGUCAGUAUUAUUUUAGUCUCUUCUGUUGUUUUAUGUUGUGUUUCAGUGUGUGUACUGUACGUUUUCAGCAAUGGCAGUAUUAUUCCCACCCCCAACGAGAUGGGUAUGUCUGUUUAGUCAUAGAGAACUUUUAUAUUUAUGUGUCUUAUUUUUUAUAUUUCUUUAUGGUUAUUUAUUACACUAUGUAGUGUACAAUACUGUAGUUUGUAUUAAUACGAUAAUAUAUUUUAGUAUGAAAAAAAGAUUCAAAGGCAAAUAACUACAAGCCUGGAAAAUGAGACUCUGGCAUACUGAAGUAUGUUUUUCGGACAAACAAAAAAAAGAAAACUCGCACCCUGCAAGCCUGAAGAUUGGAACCUGUGACCUCUCGGCAUCCAUUUUCAUGUUAGUUUAGUUUUCUUUCCCCUCUCUAAUAUAAAGCUACUGAACUUUUGAAAACUAAUUAUAUGUCUAAUAGCAUGAGUGUGUGCUGUUGUAUUGAAGGAUGAUGCUUAACCACACAAACUGUCCUUUUUGCCAAGCCAAAAUAAUAUUGACGUAUGUUUUCGUAUGUUUUUAUUUGUGCCAAUUUGUUACUUUAUAUGUCAGUGUCAAGCCCAAACCCACUUUUAUAUGCCCCUCCCUUUUAACACCCUCAUCUUUUUUUUUUAUAGUGAUUGUUUUUCUUUUUCUUUUUGUUCAUUUUUUAUGACU